CAAUUUAAACAUGAAAAGCUUUGGGAUCCAGUGAGAUGCCCCAGACACAGCCCAAGGACAGAAAUCUGCACAGAUCAGGAUGACAUUGUAUUACACUGUGGCAAGUCUUCUCCUGCUGUUUGACGUGGCUUGUGGAGAUUGUGUACCUGGACUCGAACAUGAUGUGCUCCUUCAAGGAGGAGACCUGAGUACUGUGUUUGCUCCAGAUGUUGAAUAUUGCCAGAUGGUCUGUACCUUCAACCCACGUUGCUUGAUGUUUACUUAUCUAACAGAAAGCUGGCCAAAUGAAAAUGAAAGGUUUGCUUGUUUUCUGAAGGACAGUGCAACAUUACAUUUACAAAAAGUAUUGACACCAGGAACCAUUUCAGGACAUUCUUUGAAACACUGCACAAAAAAAAUUUAUGUCUGUAGGGAUAAGAUUUUUUCUAAUCUUGACAUGAUUGGAACAACAUACAACAUUUCUAGAGUAAGCAGUGCAGAGGAAUGCAGAGAACGCUGCACCAAUAGUGAACACUGCCAGUUCUUUACCUAUGUUACAGAGAAAUACCACAGCACUCAACACCGGAACAUCUGUUACUUCAAAUACUCUGGCAAAGGGAUGCCAACGAGAAUAAGGAAACUUUCCAAUGUCAUGGCCGGAUUCUCAUUAAAGCCUUGUGGAAAGUCUUCAUUAGAUUGCCAAAGAGAUAUUUUUCAGGAAAUGGAAUUUUCUGGGGAAAGUCUUACAAGUGUUAUUGCACCUAGUGUGCAUAUGUGUCAGAAGAUUUGUACAUUCUACCCAAACUGCUUAUUUUUUACCUAUGUAACAAAGGACUCAGCAGAAGUAAAUCAAAGAAAUCGCUGUUACCUAAAGACGUCAAAAACUUCAAAACCAAAUGAUGUACGUUACAUAGACAAUGUUGCAUCAGGAUUUAGCCUCCUGCCAUGUAAAACAUCACUUUCAGUAUGUCCAUUACCAAUCCUAAAUGAUACCGUCUUUCUUGGCACUGACCUUCAUGUUGGGGAAGUUAACGGGGAGAAAGAUUGUCAGCAACUCUGCACAAAUAACAUCCGAUGCCAGUUCUUUACCUACAGACCUCAUGAAUGCAACCAGAAGAAGUGCAAAUGCCACUUGAGGAUGUCAUCCAAUGGCCUGCCAACUGCUAUAGAACAUGGGAAAGGAGGGACUUCAGGGUUCUCUCUGAGAGUCUGUAAAACUAAAACAGUUGGAGGAUGUGGUAAACCUGUUGAUCAGGAGAGCAGAAUUGUAGGUGGCAGUAACAGCUCUCUUGGAGAAUGGCCAUGGCAAGUGAGCAUGCAUCUUAAAUUAUCCUCUAACAGACAUGUGUGUGGUGGAUCUCUUAUCAGUAACCAAUGGAUUCUCACUGCAGCCCACUGUGUUGUCCAAUGGCCUCUGCCACGAUAUUGGAGCAUCUAUAUUGGUAUUUUAAUGCUGUCAGAAAUCACUCCAGCUACCCCAGUUUUAUAUAUCGAACAAAUUAUUGUUCAUCCUGAUUAUACUGAUGCAGAAAGCGGCAGUGACAUUGCUUUACUAAAAUUAAAAACACCCAUCACGUUCAAUGAUUACCAGCAAGCCAUCUGCCUACCACCACAUCGGGACUCGUUUGUACUUCCUAGCACGUGCUGGAUUACCGGAUGGGGAUACACCAAUGAGUUUGAAACUACAUCAGAUGUGCUCCAGAAGGCUGAGGUACCUCCAAAGGCAAGCACAGAAUGUCAGAAAAGUUAUUCGGCAAAGACAAUUAGCAGCAAGGUCUUAUGUGCUGGAUAUAAACAUGGCCAGAUUGAUUCAUGCAAGGGAGAUUCUGGUGGUCCUCUAGCUUGUGAAGUCGAUAACACGUGGUAUUUAAUUGGAAUUACAAGCUGGGGUGAAGGCUGUGCUCGUCCUGACAAGCCAGGAGUUUACACUAAAGUCACGGAUUUUACAGACUGGAUUGUACAACAUACACAAAUAGUAAUUUAAAAACAAAUCUUUGUUAUGACAUAAGUAUUCAACCUCUGGAUCCUAUACCUAGUACCUGUCGCCACAACAGCAACGACAUCCUGGAAACAGGCUAAGAUUUCAGGAGGAAUACUCACCUUUGACUUGUUAGUUAAUUUGUAUCAGUCAGAAAUAUCCACAUAUCUGUAAUGAAACAGUCUGUGCAUCUGUAAAUGUAUAUUCCAGUUGUAUGUGUUUAAUAAAAUAGGUCU